AUGAUUUCAUCGACCAGCUCGACCGAUCCGCCCGACUACGCUGGGACUCCCGAAUCUCCUGAGAGUUACCCCCUUGUUGUCGAUGAACUGCAGGAUAUCGAGAGUCAUCUGUCGCCUCCGCUGUGCGCCGUGCGCCCGCUGCACUGUCUUGGUAAACGAGGCUAUGCUGAAGCGAGUGACAAAAUCAAGCUCUCCCUCGCUCUUCCCCAUCAGUCCAUCUUCUCCUCCGCCGAUGUCGUGCAGGUCAACAUCUGUGCUGCCACUGGUGACAUGGGAAUACUUGCCAACCAUGUUCCAGUCCAGUGGAUCAAGAAGUGGGUUGUAUCUGGGGGAUUCGCUACCGUGCACCCUGGCAACAAGCUCACUGUAAAUGUCGUGGAGGCUGCCAACCGCUGGAGGAGUUUUCACCGGAGGCCAUCCGCACUAACCUCCAGGAAGCUCUUCGUGUGGCUGGCGGCAACGGUUCAGAGGAAGACAAACUUGAAGCGCGUAUUGAAGCUGAUGUUGUACGAGGCACUGCAGCAUGCUGUAGCAUCGAAGUAAUUCCUUCUCGUCCCCUACAUGAGCUUAAAAUAGAAGAUCACAAAGCUCCUUGUUCCGAGCAUUCUGCGCUGCUAAAUUGCCAACUGAGACCAAAUGGUCGAGUCAG